UGAAGAAGAAGCAGCAGCUGCAGAAAUAAGUUACGAAUUUAUUGUUUUCUUUUAGUGGUAAAAGUUUAAAAGUCGCGUAAUUGCCCGUAGUUGCGUUAAACCGUAAAUUGUGACCCCGAAACGUGCCAAGUGAAUGCGCUGCGCGGUUCCGCGAACGAAACUCGACAGACGCAAAGAAGAAAAACAAGGAGGAGCUAAUAGAGAAGGCAGCAACAAAGAAGCCCUGCGGAGACAUAGACAUCCAGACACCACAAGCACCCCCAAAGACUGCAGACACAACGGCUAAUCAAAAGCGGAAUACAAAUGACGGAAUACAAAUUGGUUGUUGUUGGUGCGGGAGGCGUUGGCAAAUCGGCGUUGACCAUCCAGCUAAUUCAGAAUCAUUUUGUUGACGAAUACGAUCCCACAAUCGAGGACUCGUACCGAAAGCAAGUGGUCAUUGAUGGAGAAACCUGCCUUCUGGACAUCUUGGAUACCGCUGGACAGGAGGAGUACUCGGCAAUGCGGGAUCAGUAUAUGCGCACGGGCGAGGGCUUCCUGUUAGUCUUUGCGGUAAAUAGUGCAAAAUCCUUUGAAGACAUCGGCACAUACCGCGAGCAGAUCAAACGAGUCAAGGAUGCCGAGGAGGUGCCAAUGGUGCUAGUGGGCAAUAAGUGUGACUUGACCACGUGGAACGUUAAAAACGAACAGGCAAGAGAGGUGGCCAAACAAUACGGCAUUCCAUACAUUGAGACAUCAGCCAAGACGCGCAUGGGCGUUGAUGAUGCAUUUUACACACUCGUGCGCGAGAUCCGAAAGGACAAGGACAACAAGGGGCGAAGGGGUCGUAAACUUAAUAAGCCGAAUCGUAGAUUUAAAUGUAAAAUUCUCUAAACGGGCUUGCAGUGGUUUAUUAACUUUUUAUUUUGUUCAAUGUCGCCUGUUGUCUGUCUGUCUGUAUGUAUUCAGUGCUGUUUUCGUUGGGCAAUCGUGUCAAUGAUCGUGACAGGAUUGUGGAUCCCCCGCGAGUGCAGCAGAAUAAAAGCACACACACAGAACGAAAGCACACACAUUUGUAUGGGAGCGAGUUAGUCGGUGCAAUUGUCAGAUGAAGAGAAGAAUUGUAAUUAAUUUAAGUAACUAGAGUUUUAUGUACGGUGAAAUGAUUUUUGUGAAUGUGUGUGUUUUGUGUCGUUUGAAAGGCUGCGUGGCGCCCUUUUAAGAGUAUUAACAAUAACGAAAAUGAAAACGAAGGAAAGCGAAACGAAAUGAAAUGAAUAUGUACCUCUCUACAUAUAACUAUGAAUACUGUUGUAACUGCCUUGGUUCAGCUGCUUUAACCAUUUGUUUUCAAUCACCACCAACCACUAAACUGGAGUCAAUGUCGUUUGUAUUUUACCGUAGAGGAGACGGAGAAUCUGAUCUGUGCUAAACUCCGAUACAUAUACCGCUAUGCAUGCAAGACUAGUUCUAAUUACUCUAAUUCCUUGAGCUCUGUUGUAAAUGGUUUGUUUUAAUGCGUUUUUAGCGUAGCCCGUCUUCUGAUUCAAAUUUUCUCACACAUAUACGCACGAACAGAAUUCCAUUAGUAUUUUUCACUAGUAAAGAACAAACAAAACAUAUGAAACGAACGGCAAAGUAAUUUUCGCACAAACGAGCCGGUUUGCUUGUCUAUGCUGCCCAAACUAAAUAAAUUUAUGUUCAUUAAACACAA